AUGGCACCUACACCCAAGGUCCCGCCGCAGACAGCUCCGGCAACACGAGCAACUCGCUCGAGAGCAGCUACGAGAGAGACAAUCUCCACGCCUGUCGGAUCAGGCAAGCCAGGGGGAUUACUCGCGAGGGGUAAAGAAGGGUUGAGGAAGGUGUCGGAUAAGAUCAAGGAGAAGGAGAAGGUGGAGGUCAAGAAGAGGAAUACGGUGGUACCAUCAGACUUGGAUUCAACAGAAUCACUAAAGGCGUUCCUCCGUAUCCGCCCUCCUCCGGAGGUAGCCAACGAAAUCCGACAACGGCCGUAUCUGGAGCUUCAGAAUGAUCGAGAGGUGCUCAUGCGGGCUCCCAUGGAUCCGACCCGCCCAACUAUCCCCAAAGCCCCACUCAUCUUCUCUUUCGACCGCGUCUUUCCCCCUUCAUCCCCCCAAUCGACCUUCUUCAGCCAAACGACCCUUCCCCUCGUUGACAAACUUCUACAUGGAGAGAACGGCCUGCUAUUCGCAUAUGGAGUAACCAACUCUGGGAAGUCAUACACCAUCUCAGGGGGUCAAGGAGCCGGGGUGGAGGAGAAGGGGGUAUUGCCGAGGGCGGUGGACGUCGUGUUCAAUUCGAUUGAGGGUAUGGAAAGCAAGGCCAACAUCCGAUGUAUCGGUACGGGCGACAUCGAAUUCGCGAAAGACGUAGACCCGCCUAUCUCUCCCGUCUAUACCUCCCAAUCAACCUCGGAGCAAAUCAAGGUGGACAGGAACUAUUCUUACGCCGUAUUCAUCUCCUACGCUGAGGUAUACAAUGACAAGAUCUUUGACCUCCUCGACUCCGCCCUUCCCCCAACACUCACGCAGUCCCGCCGACCCUCGACGACCGGUCGUUCGUCGUCUCAAGCCCAGAGCUCUAUGAACCUCGCAGCGAUAGCGAAUGGCGGCGGCGGCAUCCUCAAACGGCGGGUACUUCAGCUCAAACCUGAUCCUGAGGGGAAUGGGAAGUGUAUUUCGGGGCUCAACGAGAUCCGGGUCAGAACUCGUGGUGAAGCAAUGUCCAUCUUCCAAUCAGGCGAACAAGCCCGUCAAGUAUUCUCGACCCUCUCCAACCGAGAGUCUUCUCGGUCACACGGUAUUUUCACCCUCAAGGUUGUACGAAUACACAAUGGCGCGCCGAACGAUCCCGACUCGGCCCAGGUGUCCAGAUUGGCGAUUGUCGAUCUGGCGGGGAGUGAGCGGAACAAGAAUACAGGGACGACUGGAGAGAGGCUGAAGGAGGCUGGGAAUAUCAACAAGAGCUUGAUGGUGUUGGGGCAAUGCCUGGAGACUCUGAGAGCGAACCAGCAGAAAACGGCACAGGGGGCGAAAAAGCUCGCUAUGGUGCCGUUUAGGCAUAGCAAGUUGACGGAGAUAUUCCAGAAUUUCUUUGUGGGGGAUGGUAGAGCUGUAAUGAUCGUCAAUGUCAACCCCUACGAUACAGGCUUUGACGAAAACUCGCACGUCAUGCGAUUCUCGGCCGUCGCGAGGGAAGUCCAAACGACUGCCUCCAACAAAGUCAGCGUCUCGUUCCCCGGCUUCGGGCUCAAGCGGCAAAUUUCGAGUCAGCUCUCGGCGUUCAAGAUGGCGGUCAGCGGCGGGAGCAGUGGGGGAAUGCAGAGGGGGAAAGUCAGGGUGUCUGUGCCGGUCUUGGCUUCGGCUUCGGCUGGAGCUGGGGCUGCCGGACCGAGCGGGCAUCAUGAGAGCGGAGUAGGCGGGGGGAGGGAGAGCGAGAGUUUCGUCAUGGUUGAAGAGGAGUUGGAGGUUGUGGAGGAGCCAGACUCGGAUACGGAGGAGGAGGAUGAUGAGACGGACGUGUUGGUGGAUAGUCUGUUUGAGCAAUUGAGGGAGAUGAAGACUAGGCUGUAUGAAGCAGAGAUGCGCAAUGCCACGAUGGAAGCGGAGAUUCGGGAUGAGAUGACCAAUACCCAUCUGGCGAGUAUAGCCACUUUGCAGGCGGAUCAUCGAGAGCAGAUGCGGAGACACGAGGAGAACGAGAUCCGAGCCGACAAGAAGAUCGAUAUCGCUAUCGGAAUGACACCCGGCCGCCCAUCCCGUCUCUAUACCAGCAACGAUACGCCUUCAUCCGACGGAACCGGCGGUGGAGACACCUCGAUGUCCAUGUCGAUGGGCGAUGAGAGCUUUGCCUCUGCUCUUGACAUUGUUUCCCCAGCUCCAGCGGGAAACCUGCCUGUCAAUGCUGCCAAGCGGGCACGAGUAUCGGAUCCGUUCGUCACCGCUCUCCCCGGUCGACCUGCUACCUCGGCGCUUAUCGAUCCUCUUCCCAAAUCUUCGACAUCCCGCUCCAAGCGCGCGUCGACUGUGGAGAGCGAGGACAUUCUCGGUCGGUCCUUCGAUACCUCGCACAUCUCCGCCGUCUCUGCCGAUGCCCAAUCGGACUCUGAUCUUUCGGAAGCCGACCCGUCGGAGGAGGAGGAAGAAGAGGAAGAGAUUGAGACGAUAGAGGGUGAGGAGGAUAUCGAUACCGGCGACCAAGCGGACCAAGACUCCUCCUUUGCGUCAAGUAUCGACAUACACGCCGACGGGGACAGCACGGCGUCCAGCUUUGAAGUCCCGUCUUCCGACGACGACGAGGAGGAUGAAGAGGAGGAUAUUAAGCCUGUCAGGCGGGCGAGUCGAGCGAGGAGAACGACGGGGAGUCCGAGGAAGAGGAGUCCGGCCAAGAAGGUCGCCGCCGCCGCCGCCGCCGCGCCUUCCACUCCAGCAGGGAAGAAGGGCCCAGCGGUUGGCAAGAAGGCGAGUCCCGCUGCGAAGGGAACUGGAAGGGGAAAGAAGAGUCUAGCAAAGGAGGAGGUGGAGCUCGCUACGCCAGGUAGCGUUCUGAGCGAGCGGGCAGGGCAGAACGGGGAUGAGGAUGGGGAAGAUCAGGAGAGUGAGGACGAUGUGAUGGUCACUAAGCCGAAGAAGAAGAGGACACUGGGGAAGAAGGUGUUUAUGGAGGACGAUAUGAUCAAUUCGCCCACUGUCGGUGCGGAGGUCCGGCGGAUGAUGAAGUAG